CAGCACCUUUUCCGGGUUUAGUGAAGCCGGUUGUUGUACGGACACUACAUCAGGCCGCUGGCCCGAGCGACCGCAUUUAUUUAUGUUUAUUCAUUUACAGUUUAUCGGAGUACGAUGACUGCUUGAAAUGGCACAGAAAGACACUUUGUUACAUCUCUUCGCAGGGGGAUGUGGUGGAACAGUGGGUGCCAUCAUGACCUGCCCCCUGGAGGUGUUAAAGACCAGACUACAGUCUUCAGGCCUCACCCUCAGACCUGUGUUUCAGGUCCAGCUGGGCACAGUCAGUGGUGCCGGUGUCAUUAGACCGGGAACCGUCACCCCCAGCCUGCUGCAGGUGUUAAAAUCCAUACUAGAGAAAGAAGGACCAAGAUCUCUAUUCAGAGGACUGGGUCCAAAUCUUGUUGGUGUUGCACCCUCAAGGGCCAUCUAUUUCGCUGCUUAUUCAAAGUCGAAGGAGACUUUCAAUGGCAUCUUCGUGCCAAACAGUGGAGUGGUCCACAUGUCCUCAGCGGGCUUUGCAGCUUUUGUCACAAACUCUUUGAUGAAUCCAAUCUGGAUGGUCAAAACAAGAAUGCAGCUUGAGAAGAAGGCACGAGGGGAGAAGAAAAUGAACGCAUUGCAAUGCGCGCGCUACGUGUACAAGACAGAAGGCAUCCGAGGUUUUUACCGGGGCCUGACGGCGUCGUACGCUGGCAUCUCUGAGACCAUGAUCUGUUUUCUCAUUUACGAGACACUGAAGAAGCACCUAGCGCACAGCAGGUUUACCACGCCCACCACUGACACUGAAAAGAGAGCUUCGGAUUUUCUGGGCCUGAUGCUCGCUGCUGCCUUCGCCAAGGGCUGUGCGUCCUGCAUAGCUUAUCCACAUGAGGUCAUUCGGACACGACUACGAGAAGAGGGAAGCAAAUACAAGUACUUCUUUCAGACGGCACGGCUCGUGGCAGUAGAGGAAGGCUACACUGCUUUUUACAGAGGUCUCAUUCCACAGCUCAUCAGACAGAUCCCCAACACGGCCAUAGUGUUGUCUACCUAUGAGCUCAUAGUCCAUCUGCUGGGUGAUUCCUCCAAAUGAGGCUUCGUACGACAAGCACACAAAGACAUUUUGACCUGACAGGGAUGUUGCGUUGUGAAGAACGUUCGACUGUCCAAAGACUUUAAGGAGCAUAUUUUUUUAUUUAAGUUGAAUGCACAUGUUCAAAAAUGUUUUGCUUGUUUAUGUGUUACGUGAACGGCGCAUAUGGCAUAGCUUUUCCCGAGGUCUGUGUAUACUGUAUCAUUGUACAGAAAAAGGUCAUCUAUAAAAAAUCCAAAGUGCUUUUUAAGUUAAGUAAAUUAUUUUUAUUUGUAAGUAGCAGCUUUUUGGUUUCAGGCAUUGAUGACUUUGGAUCUCUAUGAUAAAUGUUCUAUGGUUUAGGUUCAUUAGUAAAUCUUGGUUUUAUGUUCUUGGAAUGAAAAUGAUAUAAAUGCGUAGAAAAUCUCUUCAGGUGCGACAUACAUUACAUCACUUUGCAGUACUUGGUAGCAUUCUGGUGUCUGACCAAUUAAUUCCAUUCACCUUAUUAGACAUGUUUGUUGGUUUACUGUAUGUUGUUUUGUUUUUUUGAGACAUGUCUGAGAGGUUCUGCAGAUCAGGAAAGCAUUGAUGUAGCCAUCCAGUGGUUUAAUAAAUAAUCUAAAACGUU